AUGUUCGCAGUCCCAGGGUGGUCGGUUUCGAGCUCUGCUCUCAAGCAGCAGACCGAACCGGAAGCGCAGUCCCAGAACCAGUCGCAGUCAACCAAGGAGGGCUCAGGCUCGAAAGCAAAGAACAACAAACGCAAGCGUGGAAAUGACCAUGUCACUUCCGGCAAUGUCGGCGAGAUGUACCGAAAGCACAUCGAGGGUCACACUGGAGGACCUCGCAAGGCCGGAAAACAGGGCGCAGGCGACUCUAUGAAGCCGGACAAGAAGCAAAAGAAGGAAAACAAAACGCCCGAGAAAGCACCUCAGUCAAAGCCUGCCAAUGACCCCGCUAAGGCUGCCAAUGGCGGCUCCGAGCAAGCAGAUGGAAAGCCAGCCAAGCAGCAGAAGAACAAGAAAAACAAAGACAAGGAAGCUCAUGCAGAAGAUAAGAGCCAGGAAGGCAAGGCUACUUCAGGCCCGAAUGGAGCCAUUGACUCUGCUGCCGCAGAGCUUGCGCCGGCACCGCCCCCAACGUCCGCGACGCUGACCCCUCUCCAACAAGCGAUGCGACAAAAACUGAUCUCAUCUCGGUUCCGCCACCUCAAUGAAACCCUGUACACCACGCCGUCCUCGAAGGCUGUCGAGCUGUUCAAUAACAGUCCUGAACUAUUCGACGAAUAUCACGCGGGUUUCUCGCGGCAGGUGAAGGAAUUCUGGCCCUCCAACCCCGUCGAUGGCUAUAUCAAGGCGGUUCGCGCUCGUGGAGGAGUGCCAGUCCCAAAAAAAGGUGGCAAACCCCAGCAAAAGCCCGGCAAAGGACAGCCGCUGCCCCGUCGGCCCAACGGGGUGUGCACGAUUGCCGAUUUGGGCUGCGGUGACGCACAGCUUGCGCGCGCCUUGACCCCGUCAGCGAAAAAAUUGAACCUGAAACUUGCCAGCUACGACCUGCAGGCGCCAGACCCGUUGAUCACGAAAGCGGACAUCUCCAACCUUCCUGUGGAGGACGGGACCGUCGAUGUAGCCAUCUUUUGUCUGAGUCUGAUGGGCACGAACUGGGUGUCUUUCGUGGAAGAGGCCUGGCGUGUGCUGCGCAGUGACGGCAAGGGUGAAUGCUGGGUCAGCGAGGUCAAGAGCCGGUACGGAAAAGUGACGCGCAAGAAGGCCCAGAUCGGGGCCCAGAAGCCACCCAGCAAAGCGGACAAGAAGAAGGCGAAGAAGAAGUCUGCCGAUGAUGCCGACUCGGAUGUCGAUGAUGCGGACAUCUACGCUGAGGAUGCUCGCCCGACUGACAACGACGAAACGGAUAUCUCGGCGUUUGUGGAGAUCUUUCGGACCCGUGGGUUCGUGCUUCGUCCCGAGUCGGUGGACAAGUCCAACAAGAUGUUCGUCAAGAUGGAGUUUGUCAAGCAGGGAGGUGCUCCCGCCAAGGGUAAACACGCCACUGGAUUGAGUGCCCCUGCUCCCGGUGGGAAGAAGCGGUUCGUCGAGCGGAAGAAGGACACGGAGAAUGACUUGACCCCGGAUCAGGAGGCUCAGGUGUUGAAGCCGUGUGUUUACAAGAUCCGCUAG